AAGGAAAAUUAGAGAAAGUUGAUCAUGAAAUUCAUCACACCGAUGAUGGAAGAGGCAAAUUAAAAAUAGAGGGCGGUAAAGAAAAAUUAAAGGAUAGUGAAGUAGGUCAACAAAGUGAAAAUAAAGCGGGUGAAGGAAGUAGUAAAGAGGAAAAUCUCCGAAAGGAAAAUGCUGAAAAUGCAGGUUCAGAAGGCGAGAAAAUUACAGAACUUAAAGAAAAUAUUGAAGACACAGACAUAGGAAGUCAAGAUUGUUUGGUUCAUAAUUCAGCUAAAAUAGAUGUUAAGGAAAUGGGAACUCUGAUUUAUCCCGUGGAAAUAUUUGAUGACAGUGAAAGAAAAGAACUUUCGGGGGUGUUAAAUGAUUCAUUGUUGGUUAAUUUUAUAUCCUCUGGAAAGAUUGGACGAGACAGUUUAAAUAAUUAUCGUAGCAUUUCACUAUUGAAUGGUUCAACAUCUAAUAAUACUCAACCAACUGAUAAAGGAAAAAGUACUUUGAUAAUUUUUGGUGUAGUUUUUGUUUUACUGUUUGCUGGUUUAGCAAUCAUAAAAAGUAGAUUUAAUAAGAAUAAGAAGAGUAAAAAGCAAGCAACUGAAAAAGAAAAACCGGUUAUAAUACAGUUGGAUGAAAACCAGUAUAAACACUUCUUAAUUGCUUUUGGCAAUAUUGUCCGGGAAUUAAAUUCAAUUGCUUUUAAGGUUAAAGAGUUAGAAAAUGGAAUGAAAUUAAUUGAAGAGAUUGACAAUGAUGUGACUCGUUAUCGGCACAGUGGUUAUUACUUUAGUAGUAACAAUGAAGUAAGAAGCAGUUGCCAUCAUGGAUGUGGUCAUUCACAUAGAGAAUAUGAUGAUUUGAGAGACAAGUAUAAUGCUUUAGAAAGGGAACGUAAUGAUUUACGCACUGAUCGGGACAAUUGA